AAGAAUCGAGAGCGCUAGAGGACACACUGCCGCGUGACUCGUCCGCUAGCCUGCCUGAUUUCUGGACCCUGUCAGCUGCCGCUGCUCAUGUCCAUUGCCGCAGCCUUCCUUGUCAGUCGCAGACAUCCUCCCCGGCCGCCACCUCCGCGCCUCCCACCUCCUCGCUCCGCCUCACUCACGACCCACGAGUUUCCCGGUCGACGAAAAUGUCCAGCGCCCUCGCCGUCGACGUCGACGCCCGCACAGGCUACUGCGCAACGACGAGGUCCUUCGUCAGCCUGCGCCCGCCGCCGCCGCUGCCGCUGCCGCCGGCGGACGUCCCGCUCACAUUCCCGGCCUACGCGCUGUCGCUGCUGCCGUCGCCUCUCCCGGCCCACCCGGCGCUCCUCGACGCGGCCACCGGCGAGGCCGUCUCCUACCCGGCGUUCCUGUCCCAGGCGCGCGCGCUCGCGGCCGCCCUGCGGUCGCGCGCGCUCGCCCCGCUCGGCGGCGGCGACGUGGCCUUCGUCCUCGCCCCCCCGCGCAUCGACGUGCCCGUGCUCUACUUCGCGCUCCUCGCCGUCGGCGCCGUCGUGUCCCCGGCCAACCCGGCGCUCACGUCCGGCGAGGUGUCCCGCCUCGUCGCCCUCUCCGGCGCCUCCGUCGCCUUCGCCGUCUCCUCCACCGCCGCCAAGCUCCCCGCCGGCCUCCCCGUCGUCCUCCUCGACUCCCCGCGCUUCCGUUCCCUCCUACACAGCGACGAAGACCCGGCGCCGCUUGACACCGGAACAGUGCGCCAGUCAGAUACAGCGACGAUCCAGUACUCCUCCGGCACGACAGGGCGAGUGAAGGCGGUGGCGCUGCCGCACCGGAGCUUCAUCACGCAGGCGGCGGGGUUCCACGCCCGGCGCGCCGAGUCGCGGAAGGUCAACGAGAGGACCCUGAUGGGUGCGCCCAUGUUCCACUCCAUGGGCUUCUUCUUCGCGCUGAACGGGCUGGCGCAGGGGCAAACCACGGUCGUGAUGACCGGCGCGGCCACGCGGGCGGGGUUGAGGGGGGUGCUGGAGGCGGCGCAGCGGUGGGAGGUGACGGAGAUAAUGGCGGCGCCGCCCGUGGUGCUGGGGAUGACGAAGGACCGGUGCCGGAUGACGAGCCUGGCGAGGGUGAUCUGCGGCGGCGCCCCGCUGCCGGGAUCGGUGGCGGAGCAGUUCCGGCGGCAGUUCCCUCACGUGGACCUGUGCAUGGGUUAUGGCUCAACGGAGGCCGGAGGCAUAUCGUUGAUGAUCGACCGGGACGAGUGCUCCCGCGUGGGCUCCACCGGCCGCAUCUCCCACAACGUCGAGGCGAAGAUCGUCGACAUCGUCACCGGCGAGCCCUUGCCGGUCGGGCGGAAAGGGGAGCUGUGCGUGAGAGGUCCUUCCAUCAUGACAGGUUACGUAGGCGACGACGAGGCGAACGCGGCCGCCUUCGAUUCGGAAGGCUGGUUGAAGACCGGCGACCUUUGCUACAUUGAUCAAGAUGGGUAUCUGUUCGUGGUGGAUAGGCUCAAGGAGCUCAUCAAGUACAAGGCCUAUCAGGUCGCGCCUGCAGAGCUGGAGCUUGUACUCCACUCGUUGCCAGAAAUUGUGGAUGCUGCAGUUAUGCCGUAUCCUCACGAAGAGGCGGGAGAGAUACCGAUGGCGCUCGUGGUGAGGCAGCCCGGGAGCAAGGUGACGGAGGCGCAGGUCAUGGAGCAUGUGGCGAAGCAGGUCGCGCCGUAUAAGAAGGUCCGCAAGGUGGUGUUCGUCGACUCCAUACCCAAAUCGCCGGCCGGGAAGAUCUUGAGGAGGCAGUUGUCGGACCAUAUGCAGCCUUGCCAUGUGUCCAGACUGUGACAGGAGCUUGUGACCGUCGGCGAGAUCAUCUUCCGUACGUGUGUGUUGCAAUGGGCAAGAACAAGAGUUGCAGUGUUGCCAGACGCGCAUGGUCAUUACAAUAAAAUGGAUGGUAAAUGACGCUCCAUCCCGUUGUAUAUGUGGUUUAGAUUGCAAGCCUGGACUGCUCAAAGUUGGUGUGCAAAAUCAUGUCGUGCCGUCUUGGAACAUGUCGCAAAGUAUUUUAGUUUCUU